CUGGUAUUGUCUUCUAAAAAUGAAAAUCUUCAUUUGGUUUUGCCUACACUAAAAAAUAAUUAUGACCAUCUCAUUUGUAAAAUGAAUGUUAAAAAAAUAUUAUCUAAGGAUUGCUUUAUAAAAUUUAUACCCAAUGGCAAUUAUCAAAAAGAUUAUAUGUUAAAACAUGAAGGUGUAUCAAAACUUGAGGGGUUAGGUUGGAUAGAAUAUCGGACUUCAAUACGUGGCCUAUAUUAUGAUACUCAACUUUCAAUUGAAAUUGAAAUAAAUUCUAUUGAAAUGCAAAUAGAAUAUAUUCGAUUUGGAUAUAAUCCAUGCGAAAUAACUUACAUUCCCGACACGAGUUUUAUAGGUUAUUUAUUACCAGAUUAUCACGAAUUUUUCUCAAAUGUUCCAGAAACUUUCAAAGACAAGUAUUUUUCAAGAAAAGAAAUGGAAAAUUUACUUGAUUUAAAAGAUAUCCUUAACAGCUUAUAAUUA